AUUUCUCACUUGCGUCCAGUUAUUUGCACCAUCCAUUUUCUGUAGUAUGCGUACAUGUACAGUAUCCCGCAAAAAGAAUGCUGUGUAAACGUUACUAUAUUAUCAGAUAUACUUCUAAAACGAGAUCCAGCUGAAAAUCGUGUAUACCCAUAAAAACAGGACGUAAGUGGGACAGAGCUCUAAGGCUACAUUAAGGGCCGCUUGCACCAAAUAUUCCAUCAAAUGCGGAUGGUGCAACUCUUAAUCACUCCACUUGCUUCACUUUGAAUUUCGCACAUUGUGCCUCACCGCCCAAUAUCUCUGACGUCUGCCCUACUGAGCGCUAACGCCUUUUUAUUUUACUUUACAAGUUCACACCAAUACCGCUAGUUUCCAUCAAUUCAAACCUUUCAAAGGCAUUGUGCGCCCCACCGCCAAAUGUCUCUGAAGUCCGCUCUACUCAACACUUAGGCUUCUUGCUUGUACGGUACACCAACGCAGACUUGCUUCACUACUUAAAAUCACUGGCGGGCUUAACAGUGUCUCUAUACUUGGUUUUAAUGCUGUCUUAACACACAAUCUUGUUAUUUGCGUUAGGCACUGCUGACACAAGCGCUUCUGCUUAAACUCGCACGCUACGCUUUCUUCAUAGCGCUUUAAACGUUUCAUAUCUGUACCUUACACCAACGCCCUCUUACUACCUUCACACCUCUUCAAACCUCACUCUACUCCUCACCGCACAAUGUCUCUAACGUCUGCUUUUAUAAACGCGAAGUCGCGGCUGCGGCCGGUGCAGGCAAGACAGAACCUUUCCUUAGCUCAUACUUACUGGCGCUAUGCUUGUAACUUACGCCACCACUCACUCGCUUCAAACUUCGCACACUCUGCCCCACACCACACAAUAUCUCUGACGUCGGUGCCACUAAACGCAACCGCCGCCGCCGCUGCCGCGGCUGGUGCAUACAAGAACCUUUCCAUAGCUCGUACUUACUCCCGCUAUGCUUUUAACUUACACCACCACUCUUCAAACCUCGGGACCUUACCGCUUCUGCUUGUAUCUUACACCACUCACCUACACCGCUUGAACUCACUAUCAGAGGCAUUGUGUGCUUCACAGCACAAUGUCUCUGACGUCGGCGCUGCUAAACACGAACGCCGCCGCCGUGUCAGGGCUGGUUCAAGAAGAACCUUUCCUUAAUCAAAUGUAAACUGUCGUGAGACAUACUAACAACCUUUCCUUAGCUCAAUACUUACUCCCGCUAUGCUUUUAACUUACACCACCACUCCUCAAACUUCGGGGCCUUACCGCUUCUGCUUGUAUCUUACACCACUCACGUACACCGCUUGAACUCACUAUCAGAGGCAUUGUGUGCUUCACCGCACAAUGUCUCUGACGUCGGCGCUGCUAAACGCGAACGCCGCGGCGGCGGCCGGCGCAGGCAAGAAAGCCGCGCAGGUGCAGCUGCAGGCCGAGCUCAACACGGAUGAAGAGUGGGCCAAGUUCGUGCAACGAGAUGGAUUGUUGGUGGUAGACGUGUAUUCCGAAUGGUGUGGACCCUGCAUCGGCAUGGUGGGCAAUUUGAAGAAGAUUAAAGUGGAACUCGGAGGUGACAACCUACAUUUAGCGGUGGCGAAGGCAGACACCAUCGAGUGCUUGAAGCGUUUUCGGAACCGCAGCGAGCCAACCUGGAUGUUCAUAGCCGCCGGUCAGCUGGUGAACAUAAUCUUCGGGGCUGACGCUCCCCGUAUCUCGCGGACCAUAGAACAGGAGCUGAAGAAUGAGGAGUUAGCCAAGAAAGGGGAACGCGAGCGGCCACAGCGGGCCCCUCACGAGUUGACUCCUGAAGAACAGGAGGUGGCUCUAGCUCAAGAAAAACUAAUCGUCGAACGACGAGAACGCGAGCGUGCCGCAGCUGCAACUGAGCGCGAAGAACGUCGCGAAACACGCGCGCGUCGUGUCGAUCAGCAUUUCGCAGAUGUCUGUGCUGGAUUAUUGCUGCCUCAUGCUCAGAAGCAUUUGAGGAAGGUGUCUGAUGCAUUGGAGCCUUUUGGAGUCCUAGUCGCAGACAAAUGUCCCCUCCUCCUCAGCAAGAUAGAAGCACGUCGGCUGGCAGUGGAAGAACCAGAGAUGGGCGAACCAGCAGCAGUGGCCGCGCUCACGGAGCGACCUUCAUUAGCUUUGCUGUUGAAGAAACAACCUGAUAAGGAAGGGGAUAUUAUAGAGAUCUGCCGCCGAGCGUUGUACGGUGACGGUUUGGAAGAAGAAGAACGCCCGAAGAAGCUGGUGUGUGAUGAGCUCCGUCUGGACGGAGUGCCGGGGAUAUACGUGCCUGCAGACAGACAACAGCGGGCCGCUGUACUAGACCUUCUGUUUCCUAAGAUGGUAGGCGCCCUGGUGGAGCCGCUCCCCCCUCCCGAAGCCCCGCACGUGGCCAUGAUGUUCGGUGCGUGGCAGCGACGCGCCGUGCUGGCCGCCGCAGCCAAGUGCGCAGCCCGUGUGUUGAAACACGGCUUCUUCGCCGACCCCAAUGUGGCGGAACCGAGGCUGUUAUGUAAAACGGCGGACCAAUACGAGGACAGGCUGGAUAAGGACUACUGCGAAACCAUAGUCCUUCAAGUAGCCGUAGGCCUCGCAGAACCCGAACUAGCGGACCCCGCUGAUAUAUUCCCCCCUGGCCCUCCUGCUGAGCUACUUGCCCUCGGCCCCAUACACGUCAGUGUGGACGCAGUGGAAGGCGCCCUGGAAUGCGCGAGGUUCUUCCCGCCGGGCUACUGUGAGCCGGAGGAGAAACCGAAGCCGAAGAUAAAGAAGAAGAAGAAGAAGCGUCAAGGCGAGAACAAGGAGGAGGCCGUGGACCCCGCACUCUCAGCCGCUCCGUCGACAGAAGGCGAGGCCUCCACCGAGGCCGAGGCUGCCGAGACUGCCGAGGCCGCUGAAGACGAGCCCGACCAGGACGAGGCCGACGAGGACGAGGCGGCAGUAGAUAAAGCUACGUCGCCACCGCCGAUGGCUGAAUAGACUAAUUAUUUAUUUCCAUCCUGACAUUUACAAACUCGUACUCGUAAGUGUAGACUCAGGUAAAAGUAUCCCAUUGAGAAGGCCUACCGUGAAAACCGAAUGUCGAUUUUUGCAAAUUGCAGGCAUCUUUCUCUUUUACUCCAAUUAAGGCGUAAUUAGAGUGACAGAGAAAGAUGCCCGCAAUUUCCGAACUUUGGUGUUCGCAGUAAGCUCUCUGACUGGAACUAAUAUUUAUAAAAUAUCUUGUCAGAAAUGGGUGCCUGUCAUCUAUUAAGUUAUCAAUAUUCUAUAUCUUAUUCAAAAUAUAUGUAGAAAGCCAUAAUAAAAUAUUACCUAGUUGCUGAAACAUUACGUGUACCUAACGAUAACUAUUUUAUACACAGUGUAACAGGAGGAACCUGAAAGAUUUUAACCACGCAGUUCUGAGGCCAAAAUAAGGGAAAAAAUUCGAGUUUUUUUUUUUCAAAUUUGUGAAUGUACGUUUUUGUACAUAAAAAGUAAAUGUCAUAGUAAAACUGGCACUUCAAAUGAAUUUUUACUCAAGUUGGAAUUCAAAUAUACUUUAUUCAUGUAGGCCUAGCAGCAAGCACUUAUGAAUAGUAAGACAGUAUUACAUAUAAUUUAACUUUUUUUCGUAAAUCCUAUUUUUUGCAAAGUGUUACUUGUCACUUUUUGACAUCUAUCAAUAAGGCUAUUUACAUUACGCCCCAUAAUGUCAUCAUCGCCAUCAAAAAAGUUUUAC